ACGAUUACACAUACGGUAGAAAUUACUAUUUUGAAUCAGACACCAGAAUUGCGCGGAAAUACUAUAUGAUCGUAUUGUCUUUAUCGCACACACGCCCCGCAUCCACUCCAGGGCUUUGUUAGUCCAGACCAGGGUUUUGUCAAUCCAGUGGUUUGUCGGUCCAGUCCAGAGCUUUUUCAGUCCAGGGGUUUGCCAGUCCAGUCCAGGGGGUUGCUAGUCCAGUCCAGGGGUUUGUCAGUCCAGUCCAGGGGGUUGUCAGUCCAAGGGUUUGUCAGUCCAGUCCAGAGGUUUGUCUGUCCAGGGGUUUGUCAGUCCAGUCCAGAGGGUUGUCUGUCCAGUCCAGGGGUUUGUCAGUCCAGUCCAGGGGUUUGUCAGUCCAGGGGUUUGUCAGUCCAGAGGUUUGUCUGUCCAGGGGUUUGCCAGUCCAGUCCAAGGGGUUGCCAGUCCAGUCCAGGGGUUUGUCAGUCCAGUCCAGGGGGUUGUUAGUCCAGUCCAGGGGUUUGUCAGUCCAGGGGUUUGUCAGUCCAGAGGUUUGUCUGUCCAGGGGUUUGGCAGUCCAGUCCAGGGGGUUGUAAGUCCAGUCCAGGUGGUUGUCAGUCCAGAGGUUUGUCAGUCCAGUCCAGAGGUUUGUCAGUCCAGAGGUUUGUCUGUCCAGAGGUUUGUCUGUCCAGGGGUUUGGCAGUCCAGAGGUUUGUCUGUCCAGGGAUUUGUCAGUCCAGUCCAGGGGUUUGUCAGUCCAGGGGUUUGUCAGUCCCAGGCUCUUGGCAUGACAUUAAGUUAUUGUAAUAGAGCUCUAACAAACCAAAGAGAGGAUAUUCAUUUAGUUGAAACGAUUUUCGCUAUAUUUUAUCUGCAUGAUUUAUUUAUAGCUAAUGGAUUAUCUACAAAGAUAGUAAAGGCAUAAGGAUUAUUUUAAAGAACACGCAAGGAUCAAGAACGAUCGAUAAAUUUAUUGGCAGCUGCGCACGUGUGACAUUGGGCUCAGGUUGAAGAAACAGUAGAAUCAUGCGCCAUUCACUAUUGCCGCUGUGUGACAAGCCCCUUGCCUACAGGAAUGAAAGGGGCAUUUCUACAACAACCUGCUUAGUAGAAUUAUAGUAAAAUAACAUACAAAAGCCUGACUUAAAUGAAUCGUGUGUCUCUGGUCUAUGCACAUUCGUUCCAAGGCAUCCCUUGUUUGGAGUCUGGGACUCUACAAAACCUUUUAUGUUCUAUUUUUUACCUCAGCCUAGCAGACAGAGAAUGUGUAUCCAGAAGGGAAUUUGGGAUACAGGAUCAAAAAACCUGUCUGACCAGUUUGUGCGAGGUCUGCCAGAGCUGGGAUCAUAUUGCUAAAAGGCAGCAGCAGCGAUUGGGGAUUACAGGCAAAUCUUCCCCACCCCCUCCCGGCGGUGCAACUACUGGCCUAGAGGCUGCGAGCGAGGCAGCUACUGUGUUGUUAACUUUCUACAUGAGAGCCCAGCUGACAUGGAUAAUCCUACUAGCGGGAAAAGAGGGAAGGCGAGAGCAGAACUGCCUCCCAGCAACCACCUCUCCAUCCAAUUCCCGGAGCAUUGUGUGAUAAUGAUACCCAAAGAUCUCACUGUGAGUGUAUCCUUUAUCCAUCUGCAAAGACAGUCAUGUAACAAUACACUUCAGGUUUGGCAUUAUUCCAGGUGGGUAAUAUAACACAGACUCCAUCUCAAGUUAAGCCCUUACUGCAACAUUUAUUAGUCAAUCCAUCUCAGGUUGGCAUGGUUAAUGUCACACAGUGAAACUUAAGGAGUGGAACAGGUCUGAAUAUAAUAUAUGAGCAAAUUAAGUCUAUUCUGUCGCUGUCCAUAUGACAGGGUUUCCCAAUUCUACUUUUACAAAAUUGUCUCCAAUAUACUCACUGCCUAGAAACAUGUAAUGCUUAUGGAAACUCUAAAAAUACAUUCCAGCAUGUCUACUGUUAAUUAUCUACAACAUUUUCUUUAUGUUGAUAUUUAGAUUAAAGAUAUCUAAGCAGAUCACACAAGUACAAAGCAAAUAAUUUGUGGAAAUCUGUGUGAGAUGGCACUGGUGGUAAUACUACCGUUCAUUUAUUAAUUAGCUGUGCAUAUUUUGAUGUUUCAACGAACACUGCAAUGACACAGAUAGGUAAACAUAUAGCAGCUGCGCACCUCAAUCAGCCUCCAUUCCUAGCUAAAGAAGGGUAUUUACAUAGCUGACUGCACAGAGGGAGCCAUCACUGAUCAUACACCUGCUGGGUAUAUUAUACAUACACCCCCAACUGCCCUUUUGUCACAGGACCAUUUGAGUGCAAAACGUGUAAAGGCAAAUUUAUUAUUAUUUGUUCAUCAGGUGCAGGUGAUAAAAAGGCAAAAACUGGAAGUUAAUUCUUUAACUCAGAAGUCAUUUUUUACAAAAAGCCAUUUAGAAUCUGGUUAGCAGUUUACUUUUUUGGAAAUGCAAGAUAAUGGAAAAAAUCCAACUUAUGAAAGAAGAAGUAAUCAAUGAUUUAAAACAAAGUAGUUUAAAAAGCUGUUUUUGUAUUUGUAUCCCCCUAACACAAUGACCGACAAAUAUGAAGGCUGCCCCUUAGUUUAAUGGUUUUAAUAAACUCAGUAAGCAGAGAUAUAUAGUUUCCUGCAUUCUUGUCUGACUUUUGUACUUGUGUGUACUGUUGUGGUGCUCUCAAAAUUCCUUUAAAAUAGGUUAUCAGGGAUAUAUAGCUUUUGUACCUAUUUUAAUCUAUAUUAAACCACUAUAGCAUCUAAAUUGCAAUAAACCUCAAUCUAGAGCAGUCAAGAGCUGAUAGGGUGAUAACAGGAAGCCAUAUUGCUGACAAAUUCAUAUUUGCACUGUAUUGUGGGCUUCUCCACCAGUAGUGCAUGCUAUUUUUUAUGUACAUUAAAUCCACCUCCAAAUGCACAACAAUGGCUGAAAAGAGACAGACAUCAGUAUGUUAAAUGCAACUUAUUUGCAGCUUGAAAUUCCAAUUAGCUAUUAAAUAUAUUUAUAUAUUGGUAUGAAAAUUCAAAUAGCUUUGCAUCAAAGUGCCAAACUCACGUGAGGUCAAUAUACUGUAUAUGUAUUCCUGAAACUAGACUUGAUAAGGAAGAGAACAACCUAUGGCAUAAGUAAGUUCAGACACAGCUUUCAAGAAGUGUUGCAUCUAAGGCCCAUCUAAGGCUGAGUAAAAAGCAAUGUCAGAAUAUAAUUCAUUCUACAUUAACAGCAAGACAAAACGUAAAAUAUCUAUAAGGCUGUCUAAUGAUUUUAUGUUAUUGUGCAUCUCCGUUUAAGGUUUCUGGCUUAUAAAGGGUGUAAUAUUUUUUUUUAAUGUAAAAACAUCAUUUUAUGUAAUUUUUCAAGCUUUUUUAAAGCAAUUCUUUGUCACACAGAUUUGUUCCAUUGACUUCCUUGAGUAAAAAAUAAUGGCAUAGGUUGUGUCACUAAAAAUUACAUACAUUUAUAAAUGCACUGAUGUGUUAUUUGUAAUGGAUUAUUUCCAUGACUGCCACACACAAAGGAAUUUGCAUUUAUGAUGAAUAUGCAUCUAAAUAUAAAGUUUGAUUAGGGUAAAGGAUAUGUUUCACUUGCAGUGUUUUAUAUAGGAUUAUGUUUUUCUGUUUGGUAAAAACAAUAAAAAUUAAAAAUAUAUAAAAAAAAACCAGUAACACCACCCAUUGUAACAGUACCCAUCAUGUGUAAUUCUGCAACAAAGGGUUGUUCACUUUUAAAUAAAUUUUCAGUAUGAUGCAGACAGUAAUAUUCUGAGACAAUACCUAAUUGGAUUCCUUGUUUAAAAUUUGUGUGUAGCUUUUUGUGCAGCAGCUCUCCAGAUGGAAUUUCAUCAGCUAACUGGUUGCCAGGGUUCAGUUUCCAUAGCAGUGGUUUGAAUGAGAGACUAGAGUGUGUAUAGAAGAACAGAAAGAUUUGUAUUAAAAUAUAACAACAACGGGCACCUGCCAAGGUUGCCCAUUGUCCCCCUUAUUAUUCGCCCUGGCGAUAGAACCCUUGGCUCUUGCAAUUCGUAGUGCCCAUAAUAUUUCAGGCCUCAAAUAUAAAACAUGUGAGGAACGCAUAGCGCUAUAUGCUGAUGACAUUUUGUUAUUUCUGGCUGAUCCCGAUUUAUCCCUACACACUGCGCUGACCAUUGUCCAGGAGUUUGGGAGAUACUCUAGUUUAAAGAUUAACUGGGAUAAGUCCCUCAUACUGCCUCUUGAUAAUAUUCCCCAACACUUAUGUCCCUCUAACAUUCCACUUGUUCUAGAGUUAAAUAUCUUGGGGUCAAUGGCAGCCUUACCGAACUUGACUUUUUGGAUCUUAAUCUAAUCCCUCUACUAGGAAAAUUCACUUCGGCAGUCACGUCCUGGAAACAAUUGCCGCUUACUAUGUGGGGGAAAAUAAACCUUUUUAAAAUCAUAUACUUGCCUAAAUUCUUGUAUCUGUUUAGGAACUCCCCGACCACCAUUCCUACCUCCUACUUUAAGAAAGUGAAUUCCAUUCUAAUUUCAUUUGUAUGGUCGGGCAAACAAUCGAGACUCUCCUGGAAAUUGUUAGUCGCCCCAAUCUCGAAGGGUGGGUUGGGUUUGCCGGACCUUUGGGGCUUAGUAUUACUUAGCAGCACAACUGUCUCAUAUUCACACUUGGUUCAACCCUGAUCCGGAAGACCCUAACAUGCUCCUACACGCCCUCAUAUUGGGAUCGCUAGAGUCACUUUCACUGUGUCCCAUGCGCAAAUUGAGGGACUCUACUUUUUUACCACCUGUACUGAAGGCCCCUUACCUAGCCUGGCAGGAGGCUCUCCGUAUAUUUGGGAUCAAGCCGUUUCUCAUUUCACCCCAUACUCCACUCUGGGGGAACUCUCACCUUCCUCAUUUCAGGAAUCUUCUAGACUUUAUAUAUUGGCCUAAUUUGCAAAUUAAAUGCCUAAGAGACUUGCUUGACCAGGGCACUCUCCUAACUCUACCCAAGCUCCAGGAAAGAUAUCCAAACCGCCCAAUUGACCCCUUUAGAUAUAUGCAAUUGCAACAUGCCUUUAGGGGUCAAUUUGGUGGAUGUAACCCAAUUUAUCAUAAGUUUGCGGUCACCAAUGUGCUCCAUUCCCCGGAUUCUCAGAAGCUGGUCUCGGUUUUAUAUAAGUCCCUAUUGGAGGCAAAACCUUCUCCCUUUCAGUUAGCCUUUGCAAAAUGGCAGUUGAUUUUGCCCUCGAUUACAGACGAUAUGUGGGAAGAGGCCACUGACAGAAUGUACUACUAUCUGAUCUCCACACGUGAUAGGUUGAUUAGCUUCAAAAUCCUACAUCUGUACUAUUACUCCCCUAAGAGACUCAAUAGGAUUUUUCCGAAUAAAUCUCCGCUGUGUCCCCGCUGCUCAUGCCCCUCCGCAGACUUCCUUCAUGUUCUAUGGGUCUGUCCCAAAGUUCAGAAUUUUUGGAGUAGAGUGGUGCAAUGUCUCAGUGACUACUUGGAUUUGCCUCAGGUCAUUUCUCCCGAAGCUUGUAUCCUGGGGGUAGUGGAUGAUCUAGUCCCUCAAAAGUAUACGAGAAUCCUAUAUAGGACAUUACUGUUUUAUGCUAGGAAAGCCAUUAUUCAACAUUGGCUACAACCUGUACCUCCCUCUUUUGAUCACUGGGUAAAUCUAGUGAAUCGCAUGCUUCCAAUGAUUAAGAUAACGUAUGAAGCUCGUGGCAUGCCUGAUAAAUUCGUCAAAAUUUGGGAGAAAUGGCUUGAUGCCUUUCCUCUGCAACAUGAUGGGUAACUUAUCUAAUUACUGUCAUUUUCCUGCUGUAUCAUUAUGUAACUGUAAAGUUCUUGUGUUGAUACUUGGACUCUAUGAUAUAUGUUGAUUGUAUGCUUUUCAAUGGCUUGUCGAAUGUGCAAUAAAAACUUUUAAAAAAAAUAAAUAUAUAACAACAACAAAAAAAUUGUAGCCUCAAAGAGUAAACAUUUUUGGCUGCUGAAGUCAGUCAGCCAUUUGUUGAACAAAUUAUUUAAAAUCUAUAAAAAAUGUUAAAAAUUAAGAAAAAACGUACAAGAAUAGGACAUUCUAUAACAUACCAAGGUGAACUCCUCCUUUAACAAAGGUCAAAAAAUGUCUCCACAUUUUAAAUAGGUAAUUUACACUUUUCUACCGUGUUCUGUGUAAUACAUUUUAUGUUGAAAAAUGUGCUGUGCUUUUUAUUUAUUGUUUGGUAUGUGUUGUGCCCAGGGCUGUCCACAUGCAUGACCCUUACAUGGUUGCCACAACUGCAUGAUUCACUCAUUGCAAACCAUCCAGGGGUUGUAGAAAUAUUCAAACAUACAAAAAAGAAAACAUUGAUCAACGCACAUUCCCUGGUCCCCUGUUUCACAAAUGAAUUUAGUAUCCAAGUGAAUGCAUGUAUUUUGUAAAACAGCGUUUUUUUAGUUACAAAAUUAUGACAAUAAAAUUGAUAAGCCACCAUACCUCGUCAAAGUAAACCCUAUAUGGUGGUCCUAACUGUUAACCUCUGGUCAAGUUUUUUCUGGGUUGGCACCUCCCUGUGUAGUAGCAUGUCAUGGGCUUGAUCCUCCCCAUGCCAGUAGCAUUUUAUCAGGGGAGAGGUUUGCCAAUACCAAAGCAUUGAUUUUUUUUUACACAGACGUGUUCCUUCCUCCCCACUUAAGGCUUUUAAAAGAGAGUGAUUACUCAGACCAGCACCAAAGAACUGAUCUAACUGGGCUCGAUCCUCUCCUAUGCCACAGCAUUUAUAGGGGAGAGGUUGCCCUGAUUGAAGCAACAGUGUCAUAGGCUUGUCCUUCCCCCCUGUCUGCGGCUUUUAAAAGAGAGUGAUUGCCAACACCUAUUCUUAAAGACAUAAGACUACCAUUAAAGGAACAAGUGUGGGACGCUAAAACCACAUGGAAGUCUGGCCAUUCUUCCUGCAGAAGAACUCUAGGCACUCUGUUGAAGAAGACGAAAAAGGGGCAGUUGUGGGAGCACUCCCAGGCCAAAUAAAAAUACAAAGAAAGUGCAGCUGAUCUGGCUAGGAUAGUUACAAACAUACAAAAA